UCGCGUAUAAAGAAGCCGGCACAUCUCCUUCCGCUCCGGCAUCACCCCGGAAGCAGGAAAUAAUCCAGGUCAAAUGCUAAUCGAGUGAACUACUACUGCUACACUAGUUGUUGUUCUUGCCCACGAUACGUAAGGGGAUCGGAAUGAUGGAGGCGAGGUAUGUGAAGGUGGCGUCCCGGUUCUUCCUCGCCGGGAAGGUCGGGAACGCCGGCGAUGGCUGCGGCGGCGGCGGUCAUGGCCGCCACUUCCUCGACGCCUGCUUCCUGUGCAAGCGCGAGAUCACCUCGGACCGCCACAUCUUCAUGUACAAGGGCGACGCGGCGUUCUGCAGCGACGAGUGCAGGCAGGACCAGAGGGCGAUGGACGCCGCGCUCAAGGCCGCCAGGCGCCGCCACCGCGCCCUGCUGCGCAGCGCGUCCCUGCCAGCGCCGGCCGCGGGGAGCGCGCCGGUGGGGACGAUGCCCCGGAGGCCGACCGUCGCGGCGGGCCUUGCCGCCGCGACACUGUACGUCAUGCCCGGCUAGCUAGCCAUGGACAUAGCGCUAGUGAGCUGCCUCUCGGUAGUCGGUCGCGGAUUAUUCAUGCUGUAGCUGGAGGAAGAUGCGCACGCGGUCUAUGCAAAAAAUUUUUGCCGUCUCUCACUCGGAUGGUUGGUAUAUUUCGUGGCCUGCGUGCUAGCUGCUCCGACGGAGAAGAUGCAGGGGCGAGCUGGGCUUUGCAUGACCAUGCCGUUGGUUGCAAAAGCUAGCGGAUUAAUCCAAUUCAAGCCCAUGGAAACGGUAGAUUAUUUUAUUUUGAAGGGAAAUAAAAAUACAUGAUGGAAAAUUGUGUGCAGUGAAGGGGAAAAAUACAUGGAAAAAUUGUGUACAUGGAAAUAUAUACCAUUCGUACCGUA